AUGUUGCCCCCUCUCGUUGCCAGCGGAGAUAUCAGCCCUGCUACCAAACGAGAGUUGGUGAAGUCGUCGCCCGAGCUUUUUCUGGGGUGGAGUUGCGCCCGAGUGGUGGGACACCAUAUCAAUUCACAACUCCCGUACCUUUGCAGUGGGAAUUCCGUGGAAUUCCGAAGGUUCAACAUCAUCGAUGUGGUCAUGGUCUCUGCCAUGGGCCCUCCUGGUGGCGGACGGACCUUCAUCACCGAGCUCGCCUAUUCCGACCUCUCGGACGUGCGGCGUGACGUCUUUGAUUCAAGCGUGCAAGAAGUGGUGCCCAAGAUGAUCGAUUGUACCAUCAACGUGUUCAAGCAGGCCAUGGAAGCGGAUGGCGUCCACCCGAACUUCCUGCAGGAUGCGCACUGGGCAGCCUGGCUGGCGGUGCCCUUCGAGCGGCCCAUGGAGGAGACGCCCCUGGGCGAUGAAGCUGGAAUCGAUCCGGUCAUGACUGCACUUUUCACGCGUUUGGAAGGUUUCAGGCGCGUCUUGCAGUGGAACCUGCUAGCCGAAGGCCUGGUGCCAGAGGGCUUUAUGAUGCCCUUGGUGUCCAAGGCUCAUGUGCAGCGCUCCGCAUCGCGACAGCAAGAUCUUCGUACGGCGGCCAAGCUCUCCUCCCAGGGCUACCGAAGCUUCGUGUGGCGGCAAGGCGAGGAUGGCAGCGACCAAAUCCACUGGGAAGAGUUUGCACGCAUGGCUUGCAACAUGGUGCUCGCCAUGAAGGGCUUGCCGCCCUCACAGAAGGAGGAGCGGGGCUUGGAUUUGAAGAAGAGGUACAACCCCGACCAGGAGGGCCCCAACAGUGGCCAGCUCACGGUCAACGAGAAGGCCGUGGUGGGCCCUGAGCAUCGUCUCCUGCGAGUGGAGGUGGACAACUUUGCGUUCUUGGCUCACGAAUUGCAGAAGCUGGGCUACGCUUGCAGCUCCGUGGGCGCCAAGGACUAUGUACCCUUGAAGGAUCGGGAGCGCCUGGCGCAAUCCGAGUGGUCCUUUGCGCCGAAGAGCGGCGUGAAGCGCGGGAAGUCAACGGCGCGACACUUCUUGGAGAAGAGAGUGAAAGACGGUGGUCACAAAGCGACCAUUGAUGGGCAUCAGUGGCCCAUCGAUGAUGAUGGCCAAGCCAUUUUCUGGCGCAAUGAUCGCUUUGAGAUCGUCGGGGAGCCAGAGUUCUUGGUGCUCCCGGGCGAUGCCGACAUCGAUGCCUUCUUGGACGGCACGUCGGAAGAGCCAGGAGCGGGAGAUGCGGUCCAAGCGGUCAUGGGAGUCUUAUGGGAGUCUCAUGGUUUCGAAAGAUGCACACAAAGUGAUCAAGGGGCAGUUCGGGUCUUGUUGCAGUUCAAAGACUUGGAUGAGCGCUUGCAUCGACAGUCCAGUGGCACGGACCAAGAAGUGCACCGCAUCCAACAGCUUCACCACCUGGGACGCUCAGCAGAUUUGGGCUCAGCACGGCACGUUGACGCUCCACCUGGGCCCGCUCGGGGCUACCUGAGAUUUGGCCUCUCGGAGAACUGGUCGAUGGACGCGAACACCGAGGUGGACUUUGAAGACCCCGACAUGACCUGCAGUUCAGUGCCCAUCCCUGAAGAUGCCAAUGCACUGCAGAGCUUCAUGCAGAAGAACGACCUGCGAAGUGUGUGGGAUUCCUUCUACAGCAGCAAGGGCGACAUUUGGGAUCCGCCAGUCUCAGUUUGGAAGAUGCGCGGCUCAGCGUCCGCUCAGCCGAAGAAGGUGGGCGAGGAGACCGACUUCGGCUUCGACUCGGGCGAUCGGCGCACGUGUGGUCCGAUGCUGAAAAAGAUGGACGCCCAGACUGUAGCGAUGAGUCAGGUGAUUGCAGCAACGUUGGAUGUGUGGUCAGACUUAUGGCGAGGUUCGUUGCUGCAGGACAUGUAUCAGCUCAUUGACCACAUCUUCUAUGACGGCCGCCAUCUCUUCGGGCAGGGCGAGCAAGCCUUGCGCUUGAGGGAGAAGCCGCUCGAAGCGAAAGGAAGACAGAUGAGCCUUGGAUUCCGCGUCGCCUCGCCCGCGUGGGUCAGUGGCACCAAGGGAGGCCCUGGAAGAGGGAAGGACCCGGCCGAUCGGGAUUGGCUGGCGCUGAUGCCGAACGAGCUGUUACCCUCGGACCAUUUGCCCAUCGUGUGGGACUUUCACCUCAAUGUGAAUUCACCCCGCUGGGAGCCGACCGUCUUGGUGAGUUGUGCCAAGCAGCUCUUUCAACAGCUGCGCAGCCUGCUGCCGGGCGCCGAUCCCAACCUGGACGAGAUCGAGAGCCUCUUUGCACCGCUGUACUUGGGAGGCUUGCAUGGCCGCCGGGACAGCUCUCCAGAUGUAGCCUUGAGCGUUUUUCACGUCUUGAAGAAAAUCUCGGUGGAGGCCAAAGCCACGCUGAAGUAUGAGCUCACGGACAACGUCUCCAAGUUGGAACUCUUCCGCGAGAGAAUCAUCAAGGCUACCGGCCGCCACCAGUCGAAGGCUACCUAUGAGAGUUCCCUGGUUCAAGCCUUGCUCUUCUCUGCAGCCUCCAUUGUGGCCGGCCAAGGGGGUCUCUUCAGUGACCAGUGGAGUACCAUCGCCCUGGCGGCGAUGCGCUGUGUGCUGCGCACGCUGACGGCGGUGCCCUGUUUGGAUCCCAGCUUCGUGGAGGUCAUGAGUGAGGGCCAGUUGUGGGCACUUCUGGCGCAAAUGACCAGUAUCAUCACCCCAAACUGCCCCUACAUUGUGAAAGCCUUCGACCAGAACGGCAUUGUCACCUCGCAAGACAUGGAUUGCCUCCUGGUGGAAAUUGGGGAGCAGCUGAACUGCAGACGUACGCCCUGCGCCCCGGCGUUGUGCGUGCUGCGCUGCAUCAAUUGGCGGAAGUGUGCCACGGGGACGCAUGUGGCAGCUGCGGUCAAAAUGCUCAUGCAGGCCAUAGAAGCAGGCAAGAUCCCCUUCUUGGAGCAGCACCUCUUUGGACCCACCGACCGGAUGGAGGAGAUGCAAGCUGUGCCCUCAGCCGUCUCGGUGGUCUCCACUAUCCGUUUACUCCGCGCCAACUCAGCGACGCCGCAGCCUCCGCUGCCGCCGGAGAUGCAGCACAAGCAGACCUUCGACCAGUCGGCAGCCAUCAGCGCUUUAGCGUCCCUGGCGAACUCGGGGAACUUGGACUCGGGCGGUGGCUUGGCCUUGUUGUUGGAGUCUUUGCAGCGACAGAUGGCCUUGGCGCAAGGCACCAGCACUCCAGAGCGCCAGGCGCGGGCACUGCAUCGGCCACCGCCCUGGGUGGUGGCCUCCUACGUGCGUCGCACAGUGGUGAGUGCCCUGGAGAAGACGGAGCCCCUUGAAGCUUUGGUGGUCUCGGCGCAGAAGCUCCACGUCUCAGAGCAGGAGGCCAAGAAGCGCGCGCGGCUGAACCCAGUGGAGGAGCUCAUCCAGGCCUUGGUGGACUUCCCUCAGGAUGGUCCGCAGUCCCAGGCGCACACCUUUGGGCGGAUCCUUCGGCUCUUGGUGAAGAUCGCCGACCGCUGUGGCCCCAAGGCCCUGCUGGCCCCCAUGGUGGCCAGGAAUGGCAUUGAUCGAAUACGAGAUGUGCUACGAUGCUUAGCACUGCUCUCGGAAGAGGAUUUGCAGCGAUGGAAGACCCAUUUGCACCUCAAUCGUUUUUUGGACCUUUUGCUCAGCGUGGAUGUUAGCUCGGAUAGCCUGCUUUUGGCUCUUCAGCAGCGCGUCGAAGAGGCGAUCAAGGAGAAGGAAUUCAAGGAGCUCCUGAUGCAAAGACCAUCACGGGAUGAUGCCAGUCCCAAGUCCUAUGAUCUCAACAAGAUUUUGGCAGAGAUCGACACCUUUGAUUUCGUCAAGAAGCUGCCCGAAAGCCCAGCCAUGGAGGAUUUGUUCACCAGAGGGGAAGUUGAGACGUUUGAUGUGGCAGCCUGGCAAGGCAAUAGCUUCGGGGCCAGCCCUCCGCUCGGGGACGAGCCGUGUGCCUUGAACGAUCUAUUGCCGACACCGGCCAAGUCCCACUAUCUCUUCAACUUGCGAGACAUUUGGAAGGUCUUUUUGGGGCUUUGCAGCCUUUCAGCGAAGAAGUCCAACAACGUCCCGACGGUGACUCGCUGCUGGGCGCACGAAAUUCAGCGAGUCUUUGGCGAUCGGCUCACCGAUGAACAGGAUUUGCAAUGGAUGAAGACCCAAGUGGACACAGCCGUUGGCCAGGAUUUGGCGCAGGACUUGGGCUCGAUCUUCGACAAGGACCAGUCGGUGACGGCCCAGGUUGCAGCUAAUGUAUCUUUUUACCUCCUUGGAUUUGGUGCGGGCUCGUACUGUCUAUAGGCGUGGAUCCACACCACAUUUGGUGAAGAAGCCAUCAAACUACGCUCAACACACUGGCAAGUACCAAUGAUGGAGUGCUGCAACACUGCAACACCAUGCUUCACCAAAAAACAUCAAACACCUGCAUUGAUACUGCAACUCUAAUUUUGGCGGUUGCGGGGGGAGUUCGGCACAAGAUGGAGCUUUGUUCGUUGUUCCAAUUUCCUUCAAUCGGUCAUUUUGAGACUGAACCCACCAGCCUUUUCAAAACCGUUUAACUUGAAAAGGCUGGUGGCAGUGCUGGGGUGAUGCGUUAACGGGUUAUGGCCAGGUUUGCUGUUGCUAGUCAGCUAGUCACAAUGGAUGGUUUUUUUAGGAUGUGAGCAAGACGGCCGUUCGCAACCAAGUGAUUCGCAACGAAAUCCGGACUUUUGGUAGAGCAUCACCGUUUGUCGUGGAGUUCGAAUUCUGAGAUGUGUCAAAACUCCAGCGGCAUGCGCUGGGUCAAGGUUGCUGUGAGUUCUUCAGCUUUCUUCACAGUGCUAGACGUCCGAAGAGUCUUUGAUUUCGCCAUGGACACCAUUUUCUGAGAAUCACCGGUUCCGUUUGAGUAUAUGUCAGAGCUUCAAGCAGAA